AUGCCGACUCCGCCGACAGAGGAUGACCGCCAGCGGCGGAUCAUCCAGUUUGCGGAGGAAUGGGGUCUCGAGCCCCCGCCGUCACCGACGCCCCUGACGCGGCCUUCCAGCCCCCCCAGCUUCCGGACCCCGGAGGACGACUUCAAGGCCGAGGAGCUACUCAAGCGCAAGCAAAUGUCACACGGCCGCACAGAAUCCACAACUAACCUGCGGCGCGCCUUCACGGGGAAGAAGAAGUCGUGGGACUACAAGGUCGUCUUUGACACCCUCGACAAGCACGUCGCCGACCGCGGAUCACCCGGUGUGGCGGAGGCUCUCAUCACACAGCUGGUCUCAUCCGGCGGCGACGUCAACAUGGCUCAAAAGGCAAAGACGAGCAUCCUGCCUCGCCGGAAAAGUCUCGACAGCUUCGGCGAGCGGAGUAAGCUGUUGCAACACGCCGUGCACAAUGGCCAGGUCGAUAUGAUUCAGGUCCUGCUACCGCACGCCGACACAUUUGCCUUGGACGCCUCAUUACCGGUCGCCAUGCAGUCCGAGAACGUAGAGGUCGUCGAACUUCUUCUCCGCUACGGCGCCGGGGUGGCGCAUAGCCCCGAGGCUCAGGAAUCGUUCCGCCAGGCGUGCGCGGCGGGCGGACAGGCGGAUUUGGUGGGGAUUGUUCUGCGGUCUGAGGGCCGGCCACCGACUUCGUGGCUCUCGCAGUGCAUGGUGGACGCGACCAAGGCAGGAUGUUUGGAAACGGUGCUUCAACUAAGUCGAUCCAAUGCCGAUGGUGACUACAACCAAGCGGAGGCGCUCAAAGUCGCAAUUAGCCAGGGACGCCACGACAUUGCUCUUGCGAUUCUCAUGGGAAACCAUCCGCCGAAACGGCCGGGACUGGACGAGGCUUUCUCAAAUUUGUUGGAUCAUCCUUCGAUGAAUCCAAGAGACAAGCUUGCCGUAGCCGAGCUACUACUAUGCGCCGGCACAGACGGCGAUGCACCCGCCAUGGCUCUCAUCCACGCCGCAGCAGCAGAGUUCCAAGACAUGGUCAGUCUUCUAGUCAAGUACGGGGUCUCAAUAGAGUAUCAGGACGCAAUGGCCAUUCGGAAAGCCGUUCAGAAUGGACGGGUAGACGUGGCGCACAUCAUCCUUAGCGGCAAUGCGGAACUUAGUGCAACGCAUGCUUCCGAGUGCGUCGAGCUCAUACCGAAAAACAUGGGCGUGGAGAGCCGUCGGUUAUUAUUGGAUUUGCUGUUACGGAGAGGGGCAAACGGGACUGCGCUGCACGACAUGCUCAUCGAGGCGGCGGAGGCAGGCGACGUUGACUCAGCCAAGCUUCUUCUCACCGCCGUCUUCCCCGGGGGACGUCCCAUCGCCGAACAUGAUGUGAAGAAGGGACCGAGAUCGAUGGUGUAUGACCGCCACCAAACGGCAUCUGUCGACCACAAGGGUGGUUUGGCUCUGCAGAUCGCAGUCAUGAGGAGUGAUGCGGCCAUGGCCAAGGAGCUUCUCAUGAGCAAACCAUCAAGCGACACAUUAGCCCAAAUCUUCCCUCUCACCAAGACAUUAUCACGGAAAAACAGGUAUCGCAUGGUGGAGUGUUUCCUCACGAGCGGUCUCGCUGGGCCCAUUGUUCACGACGCGUUACAAGAAGCCAUUGAUGAGGAGCCACCACAUCGCGACGAAGACCUAAUCGGACUGUUUCUCAAGUACAACACCGACAUCAACACCAACGAGGGUUCAGCUUUAGUAGCUGCUGUGUCGCAAAAGGACGUGAGGCUACUCAAUGCGCUGCUCAAGAAGAAUGUGACACCUCACACUGCCGCUGGCGUAUUGCCCAGGAUCAUUGCGACUCAGGAUGCCAAGGCGAGGCUGGAUAUGGCAACGCUGCUUUUGACGUCGGUGCCGGACUUGGACCCGGUCAAGGUCUCACAGGCAAUGCUCAACGCGUUGAAUUAUCGGCCAGCUGAUCUGAAGCUUUUGCAAGUGUUGUUGGUGCAGGGUCGUGCCGAUGUCAACGUUGACAACGGCAUUGCCAUGGCUUCCGCAAUCCACAGCCAUGAUCCGCCAGUUCUUGAGACGCUGCUCAUGCACGGCAAACCUUCACACGCAACAGUCAGCAGAGCCGUUAGCGAGUUUGGGCAACUAAUAUUCUCAGAUACCAAGGCCGCCAAGCUUGAGAUUCUCUUGCAAAAGACAAAAGACAGGGCUCCCUUUAACGACGUCCUCGUGAAGGAGGUCCACGCUCUCCUUCAGACCCUUCCCGAGCAUCGACAACUGUCCAUCGUCAAGGUCCUCCUCAGCGCCGGUGCCGACGUCAACUCUCACAACGCCGCCGCUCUUUGUCACGCCGUAGCCGCAAGCGACACACAGAUCACCGAUCUCCUCUUCGCGGCCCGCCCGAACCCAGCUUCGCUCGCAUCGGCCUUACCCCACGCCCUGCGAAUCGCCGACCCGAUGGAUCGUCUCGAGUUCUCCCAGAAGCUGCUGGACGCGGGCGCGCCGAGUGCCGAGGUGAACAGGGCCCUUGGGUUCGCUAUCAACACGUACACGAACGACAUACCGUUGCUCCGAACCCUUUCUGCCAAGGCCAACACAAGCGAUGGAGAAGCCCUGGUUUCCGCGGUCAAGAAGGAGCGUCCUGAUAUUGUUCAACUCGUAUUGGCGCAAAAGCACCCUCUCCCUGUGCUCAACGAUGCCUUUGCCGAGGCGGCUCUUCUGUCAAACCGAGAAGCAAGGGCGGCGAUAUGCGAGGUGCUGUUGCAGCAUGGCGCCUCGGGCUCCGUACUUUCGGAUGCCUUGCUUGCGGCAGCGGCGGACGGUGAUUUGGUCUUGGGUAAUCUCCUCGUCAGCCAUGGGGCGCAGAUUGACGAGGACGCCAUCGUGGAGGCAUGUCGUUCGGGCGCCGCCGACGUUCUCAACAUGCUGCUCAGCGGCACCACAACACCCAAGCGAUCGACGAUUGAAAGGGGCUUCCAAGCCGCCACCGAAGUCGGCAACCUCAAAACGCGAGCCGCCAUCCUCGAGCCUCUCCUUAUCCACGGCGUAGAAGGUGAAGCACUCGACGCGCAGCUCGCAUCCGCGGUCCGAUUCGGCGAAGAAGGCGACGACCUGGUCAAGAUCCUACUGGAAGCCGGCGCAGACCCGAAUUACAACAAGGGCGAGGCCAUCUGGGCGGCCACGAGGAGCGCCUACCUGAGCAGUCUGAAAAUGAUGCUUGGGUUGGUCGAACUCGGGACGCGGCUAGUGAGUAAACCAUCGAGCGCCUCGUUGAGAUCCAUUGCCUCCGCCAAAUCCCACGCUUCGUUAAAGGGGUCUAACAAGAGGAAGCAACACAAGCCCUCGCAUGCCACGCUUAAUAGGGCGCUAAGGGCUGCUUGGAAACUUAGCCGUGAACCCCGUGCCGCCGCGAUCGAUAUGUUGUUCCGAGCCGGUUUGCCUGUUUCCGACGACUUACACGUAGUACUGAACAACGCGAUUAACGAAGAGGAGCUCGACCUCAAGAUCAUCCGGUCUUUACUUCGAUACGGUGCUUCGCCGAUCGCCAAUGAUUGCCAAACCCUAGUCGAUGCCACGAGGAGAGCUCUGGUGAAGCCGCUUGCCUUCAUGCUCGAGUCCAAAAUAUUGUCGGCGGACCUUAAUCUCGCCAUCAGAGAAGGUUUUACUAGGGAAAACACAGACGCCUGGUUUUCGGAAGCUGGCUUCACCAUCCUGCACAGCUUCCUGAAAAAGGGAGCUCACGGCGACGGUCUCAGCUCCGUCCUCACCCAGGUUGUCGAUCUACCUUUGACCGAGAGCGAGCCCGACAGCCUAGCACUCGCCAACGGCUUCGUCGACAUCCUUCUCGAUCACAAAGUCGACGUCAACUACGCCGACGGCAAGUUGUUGCAGUCAGCCGCCGCCGCCUGCAACUCCUUCUUGGUCAAGAGAUUACUAGACAAAAAGCCCAACACCGAGUCCAUAUCCCGAUCAUUUUACCGCAUCUUUGACAACCCGGCCUCGGAAGACGACGCCCUGGAAUUAAUUACAAUGUUUACUGAAUACGCUGACGGAGAGACGAGGCUGGACGUCAUGUACACGCCACCGGACUCGUUGCCCCUAAUGUUCCUCGCCCUGCAGCAGCACCCGCGAUCGAUUCGGAUUACCAAGGCCCUCUUGGAUGCCGGAUACUACUACGAUCAGAUGAUGCCUUGCAAGGUGAUGGAAGACCUUGAUGAGGAGGCCAUUACGCUCAUGAUGUGGGCGCUUCUCCAGCCGCAGAAGAAGGUCAGCAGUGGCAUCGUGCAGAUGCUCAUCGAGACCGGCGCCAAGGUCAAUUUUGAGUCGAAGAUAUCCCAAUCUACGCCGCUCAUGCUGGCUAUCCGGAAUCGCCGACCUGACGUUGUCAAAAUGCUGUUGUUAGAAGGUGCAGAAGUGGACGUGUGCGAUGUGAAGGGCAACACGCCACUUACACUGUCGACCGAGGUUGGAGGGGACACAGCCAUCAAGAUGAUGUCCAACCUACUAGCUGCUGGCGCCUCGCGCAAUGACGGAUCACUUCACAACUCUGCCCGCGAGCUGAACCUCUCAGCCUGCCAGGUCUUGGUGCAGUACGGACAUGAGCCUGAUUUCCCAAGUACACUUCACGGCGGCCGGAGUGCACUAGGAGAACUUGCGCGGCACUGCGCGGAUAGCGGCGAACUCACUGCCGCGCGACAAAAGCUUAUGGAAAGGGCCAUCAACUUCCUUAUCGAAGCUGGUUCCGACACAACCUUGAGAUCAGAAGGGAAGUCGAUCCUCCUCCUAGGUCUCGAGUCCCGGGACCCCCUCGUCACUUGUCGGACACUCCUCAAGGCGGGUAUGUGGAAGUACAUCAACAAAAAGUUCAACCACUACUCGGACGGCAAGAUGACCUACUCGCCAACCAUGUACGUCAUGCACGUCCUCCCCAAAUCAGACCAGCAAGACGCCCUCAUCAAGCUCCUCCGCGCCAACCGCGCCGAAGACGUCUACUACGCCAACAUGGGGCCCCAACCAGAAGGCGCCGUCGGCAUGCCCGAGGACGUUGAAGCCCAAGAACGCACCCGCCGCGCCCGCCUCGACCGCAUCAACUUGGAGCAGGAAGACCACGCCCUCUCCAUCGCGCGCAACCGCGAGCUGGCGACGGUGCAGGCACAAAUCUGGUCUGCGCAGGCGGAGCUCGAGGACUCUCGGCGGCAGCGCGUGGCGCAGGACGAGCUGGUGGCGCUCAACGAGCGCGCGCGCAUCGAGGAGGACCAUUUUGCAGCCCAGAUGCGGCGGAAGCGCAACGAGCGCAGCGCGGACCUGGAGCACCAGGCCGCGCUGACGGAGGCAAGCAUCACGCGGGCGCGGGCCGUGGAGCUGGCCGAGUCGGACCUGACGAUGGCGCGGCAGAGCAUGAUGCUGGAGUGGGAGAAGCAGAUUGCGACGGAGAAGGUCGACCAGGCCAAGACGUUGAGCGCGAUUCGCGUCGCGGAGAGGGAGGACGUGGAUCGUCUGGACCGGGAGCAGGAGGAGAGGUUCCGGGCGCGGUUGGCGGAGCAGAGGAGGCUUGUUGACGGGCAGACGAACCUUGCGAGCCAGCUCACCAACGCGGGGGUUAAUGGAAGGAGACAGAUUGGGUACAUCACCGGGGAGAUUAGAGAUUAA